AAUACCAAAAAUAGAAAAAACCUGCAGAGCCCGUGGAACUCCAAUCCAAGCGGCGCCCACCAUGGCUACUCAAAUGAGCAAAAAGCGAAAGUUUGUAGCCGACGGAGUGUUCUUUGCGGAACUGAACGAGGUGUUGACCAGAGAGCUCGCAGAAGAUGGGUACUCUGGCGUUGAAGUUAGGGUUACGCCAGUGCGGACCGAAAUCAUUAUUAGAGCCACCCGGACUCAAAACGUCCUCGGUGAGAAGGGAAGAAGAAUUAGAGAACUGACAUCUGUUGUUCAGAAGCGUUUUAAGUUUCCAGAGAACAGUGUUGAGCUUUAUGCAGAGAAAGUCAACAACCGAGGGCUUUGUGCCAUUGCUCAAGCAGAGUCUUUGCGUUACAAACUUCUAGGAGGGCUUGCUGUUCGGAGGGCAUGCUAUGGUGUUCUUAGAUUUGUCAUGGAGAGUGGAGCAAAGGGAUGUGAGGUCAUUGUCAGUGGCAAACUCAGGGCUCAGCGUGCCAAGUCUAUGAAGUUCAAGGACGGAUACAUGAUAUCCUCUGGCCAGCCUGUUAAUGAAUACAUUGACUCUGCUGUGCGUCAUGUGCUUCUUAGACAGGGUGUUCUUGGGAUUAAGGUCAAAAUCAUGCUCGAUUGGGAUCCCAAGGGUAAGCAAGGCCCCGCAACGCCCCUACCGGAUCUGGUCACCAUCCACCAACCCAAAGAGGAAGGGGACUACAUCAGGCCCCCAGUUGUGGCAGCAGCUGAAAUACCAGUCCUUGCUGCAUAGAAUUCUUCGUUCGUCUUAGGUUUGGCACUGUUAGGGACAAGAGUCCAAAACAUUAUCAGAUACCCCCUAGACUUAGUACCCCCAAUUAGAAUAUGGGAUUUUGUCUUUCUGUGUUGCUAUCUGUUUAAGUGGAUAGGAUUUUCAUUUUCACAAAAAGAAAUUGAAAGGCAAAAGAAAUUUAUUUGCCUUUU